GCGGGCGGUGCGGGAGCCGGGAAGCCCCCGAAGCGCAACGCCUUCUACCGAAAGCUACAGAAUUUCCUCUACAACGUGCUGGAGCGGCCCCGCGGCUGGGCGUUCAUUUACCACACCUACGUGUUUCUCCUGGUCUUCUCUUGCCUUGUGCUUUCUGUAUUCUCCACCAUCAAGGAGUACGAGAAGAGCUCAGAGGGGGCCCUCUACAUCUUGGAAAUCGUGACCAUCGUGGUGUUUGGCGUUGAGUACUUUGUGAGGAUCUGGGCUGCAGGCUGCUGCUGCCGGUAUCGAGGCUGGAGGGGAAGGCUCAAGUUUGCCAGGAAACCGUUCUGUGUGAUUGACAUCAUGGUGCUGAUUGCUUCCAUUGCUGUGCUGGCUGCUGGCUCCCAGGGAAAUGUCUUUGCCACUUCUGCACUUCGGAGCCUGCGGUUCCUGCAAAUCUUGCGGAUGAUCCGUAUGGACCGGAGGGGCGGCACCUGGAAGCUCCUGGGAUCAGUGGUGUAUGCUCACAGUAAGGAGUUGGUGACUGCCUGGUACAUUGGCUUCCUCUGCCUCAUCCUGGCCUCAUUUCUGGUGUACUUGGCAGAGAAGGGUGAGAAUGACCACUUUGACACAUAUGCAGAUGCACUGUGGUGGGGCCUGAUCACCCUGACGACCAUUGGCUACGGGGACAAGUACCCUCAGACCUGGAAUGGGAGGCUGUUGGCAGCAACGUUUACCCUCAUUGGUGUCUCGUUCUUCGCUCUUCCUGCAGGCAUUUUGGGAUCUGGCUUUGCUCUGAAAGUCCAAGAGCAGCAUCGGCAAAAACACUUUGAGAAGCGACGGAAUCCUGCAGCAGGUCUGAUCCAGUCUGCCUGGAGAUUCUAUGCUACUAACCUCUCACGCACCGACCUGCACUCCACGUGGCAAUACUACGAGCGAACAGUCACUGUCCCCAUGUACAGCUCGCAAACUCAAACCUAUGGGGCCUCCAGACUCAUCCCGCCACUGAAUCAGCUGGAGCUACUGAGGAACCUCAAGAGCAAAUCUGGACUCACCUUCAGGAAGGAGCCACAACCUGAGCCAUCACCAAGUCAGAAGGUCAGUUUGAAAGAUCGUGUCUUCUCCAGCCCCCGAGGUGUGGCUGCCAAGGGGAAGGGGUCUCCUCAGGCCCAGACAGUCCGGCGGUCCCCCAGUGCUGAUCAGAGCCUUGAUGACAGCCCAAGCAAGGUGCCUAAGAGUUGGAGCUUCGGUGAUCGUAGCCGUGCACGCCAGGCCUUCCGCAUCAAGGGUGCUGCAUCCCGGCAGAACUCAGAAGAAGCAAGCCUCCCUGGGGAGGACAUUGUGGAGGACAACAAGAGCUGUAACUGCGAGUUUGUGACUGAAGAUCUCACCCCCGGCCUCAAAGUCAGCAUCAGAGCUGUGUGUGUUAUGCGGUUCUUGGUAUCUAAGCGCAAGUUCAAAGAGAGUCUGCGCCCAUAUGACGUGAUGGAUGUCAUCGAACAGUACUCAGCCGGACACUUGGACAUGUUGUCCCGCAUCAAGAGUCUGCAGUCCAGGAUAGAUAUGAUUGUGGGCCCCCCACCCCCUUCAACUCCCCGGCACAAGAAGUACCCUACCAAAGGACCCACGGCCCCUUCGAGAGAGUCACCCCAGUACUCACCUAGAGUGGACCAGAUUGUGGGGCGAGGCCCAACAAUAACAGACAAAGACCGCACCAAAGGCCCAGCGGAGACAGAGCUGCCUGAAGACCCCAGCAUGAUGGGACGGCUUGGAAAGGUGGAGAAACAGGUCUUAUCCAUGGAAAAGAAGCUAGAUUUCCUGGUGAGCAUCUACACGCAGCGAAUGGGUAUCCCACCAGCAGAGACAGAGGCCUAUUUUGGGGCCAAGGAACCUGAGCCGGCUCCACCCUACCAUAGUCCAGAGGACAGCCGUGAGCAUGCAGACAAGCAUGGCUGUAUCAUUAAGAUCGUCCGCUCUACCAGCUCUACAGGCCAGAGGAACUACGCUGCGCCCCCAGCCAUGCCCCCUACCCAGUGUCCUUCCACCUCGUGGCAGCAGAGCCACCAGCGCCAUGGCACCUCCCCUGUGGGAGACCAUGGCUCACUGGUACGCAUCCCGCCACCCCCUGCACAUGAGCGGUCUCUGUCUGCCUACGGUGGGGGCAACCGGGCCAGUACCGAGUUCCUGAGGCUGGAGGGCGCCCCAGCCUGCAGGCCCCCUGAGGGUGCCCUGCGGGAUAGCGACACUUCCAUCUCCAUCCCCUCUGUGGACCACGAGGAGCUGGAGCGCUCUUUCAGUGGCUUCAGCAUCUCCCAGUCCAAGGAGAAUCUGGAUGCCCUAGGCAGCUGUUAUGCAGCUGUGGCGCCGUGUGCCAAGGUCAGGCCCUACAUUGCAGAGGGGGAGUCUGACACAGACUCAGACCUCUGCACUCCUUGUGGGCCUCCCCCACGCUCUGCCACUGGUGAGGGCCCCUUUGGAGAUGUGGGUUGGGCAGGGCCCAGGAAGUGA